AUGAAAAAUAUCUGUUCUAUACUUUCUGAUCUAUAAGCCAAAAGCGAUUUUGUUAGAUUAAUAAAAGAAAAUCAUAAUUAUUUUCUUUGUGCUGUUGACGACUAUUUUUUUGACAAUAAAGAAAAUUGGAAAACUAAGAAUCUAGAGGAAACUAACUCAUAGCCUCAAGCCUAUAAACUUAAAAUAGAAAUCACACAAUUUUAUCCAGAAUUCAUAAAAUAUAUUACUUUUUUUACUAAUUCUCUAGUUGGUUUGCUUAAGUAAUAACAGAAUGUAGAAAAUCUACUUUUUAAUAAGUAAGAUACUACUUUAGAUUAAAUAAUUGAAAGUUUUUUUGCUAAUCCUAUAGCUGAAAGUUGUUAAAGUAUGCAAAGCAAUCAAUAUAAGAGUUGUAAUGAGUAAGAAGUUUAUGAAUAUCUGUAAAAUUUAAUUUUACAGUAAGACAUUGAUGAAUUAAGGGCUUCAAAAAAACUGGAAAAAAUUGUCAAUAAUUUUUAUAAUUUAAUGAUGAUACUUAUGAUUGAGCAAGGAGAUUUAUAAGUUUAGUUUAAAAAUCCAUAAAAUAUAAAUGUUCGUUAAUUUAAAACAUUGUAAUUUGAAAAACUUGCUAUAUUAUUACAAGAAACAUUUCAUAUUGUGCAUGGAGAAUUUGAAAAAAGCAGGAGCGACUUUCAAAAAAUUGAAUUUUAUUUACAAAAGCAAAACCUUGAGCUAGAAGCAAAUCAUUUAGAAAUAAAUUUAAAUUAUUAAGAAACAUAAGAUUUAAAUUUUAAACUAAAAGGUGAUAAAUACUAUAAAUUUGAAGGAUUUUAUAAUAUGCCUUCUAUUAAAUCAAAUUACAUAUAUUUUUAAUGCUAUUAUGAUACUGAAUUCAGUCCUUAAAUAACCAUUAAUCUUUAUCCUUAUCUUUUGAUAGAUAACUAUAGAGGUAAAUGUGUGAUAGUAAACAAUAUAUAUGAAAGUAACUUUUAAGGUGGUAAAAUAAAAAAAUUAAUAUUUUAGCAGAAAUAUCCUACAGAUUCUGAUUUUGAUAUAAUUUGUAGGAAUAACCCAGAAAUAGAAAUAUAUGAUAGUAAAGUGAAGUAAGCAGUGUGUCAAAAAGAAAGCAUGUAUGGUUACAUUUAUGAUAGGAUUAAAGUGGUAUAAAUUCCAAGCAUUUUGAAUGGAGCAUACUGCUUUAUUUAUGAUCCAAAAGUUAGUGAUUUAGAUGAAUUGGAAGAAUUAAUGUUAGAAGAUUAAAUGAUACUUCUGAUAACAGUUCUCAACAAAUAUAAAGAAUAGUUUAUGCUUUAAAACAGUGUAAGUAUGAUUACAGCUGACCUAUUUUACAUAUGA